AUGAUGAUACCUACUAUAGUCCAAGAUAUUAAAUAUUUGGCCAUCCUCGCCGUACCAGGCCAACAACUCGCAAUGACAUCAACAUAUCUUCCUGGUACUGGCACCCACGUCCAGAAUGGAAUAAUCUGUGCAUCCAUCCCAGGCCCAGUUUUUGUCGAACAACUUUCACAGACCAAGUCUAAAGUGACAAAAUCCAUACUGAGCGUCCUGCGCUCUGGGAUUGGUAACAUUGGGCCUGACGGUACUGUGCAGAAAGUGUCCGCGCAUACUACAACCACAACUACAGCGACGGGGACAAAACGGCCUAAAUACAACACACUACCUGCCGUUGACUCGAUAGUUCUUGCGCGAGUCACGCGCGUGCAAAAGAGACAGGUUACAUUGUCCAUCCUCGUUGUCUUAGACGAUAUCACAGCUGCGACACAAGUCUCGGACAACGACAACAUCGCCGCAAUUCUAACUUCAGCCGCCAAUCCAGAAAAUCAAAGCACAUCGGACGAACUCCGCUUCCAAGCCCUGAUCCGCAAAGAAGAUGUCCGUGCAGUUGAGAAGGAUCGCGUGGUUCUAGAAGAGAUGUUUCGCGUUGGUGAUAUUGUGCGUGGCAGUGUGAUAUCGCUGGGUGACCAGAGUUUUUAUUAUUUGACAACUGCACGAAACGAUCUUGGUGUUGUUAUGGCCAGGAGUGAGGCGGGAAAUAUGAUGUUUCCGGUUAGUUGGAAGGAAAUGAAGGAUCCGGUGACGGGCCAGGCGGAGUCGAGGAAAGUUGCGAGGCCGUUUUGAUGGUUUAUCUGUGGCAUUAUCAAAAUGUCGGAGAUUUCAUUUAUUAUCGACUACAGGUUUCGGCUGCACCUGUCUACUAGCUGGGCGCGAUGAAACAAAGUUCGGUCCCAUGAACUGCCCUAGACAUAAGGUCUGGCGCAAUUAGUGGCUCUCAUACUCGUCUCAACUCUCAUCCAUGAGCACCGGCUGUGCCGCACUCCCGAUACCAUGUAUUGAGCCAUGGUACUGCAGAUAUGCCUGAGCUCAUCAUAUACCUGAUCGGACCCAGGCGUCGCAAGACGUACCGCACACACAACUCCACGCAACACAGCGCCCAACAGUAUGAUACCGCGAAGCAAAUCAUUGCUCGCCCACACAUCUAUCCAUAGAGUAUAGAUCAAUACAACCUUUUCUAAGGG